AUGGCGGCAGGGGAGGCAUUGAGCAGGGCCCGGUUAGUGGCCAAGGCCCUCAGAGCUCACAAUAUUGAAUACAUGUUUGGCAUUGUUGGUAUUCCAAUCACUGAAAUCACAGUUGCAGCCCAAGCAGUUGGAAUUAAAUACAUAGAAAUGAGAAAUUAACAAGCUGCCUGUAACGCUGCAUCUGCUGUUGGAUAUUUGACUGGCAGGCCAGGAAUAUGUCUGGUAGUGUCUGGUUCAGGUUUUUUAUACGCACUUGGUGGGAUGAACUGUUGGCCUUUGAUUGUUAUUAGAGGGUCUUUUGACAGAAAUAAGGAAACCAUGGGAGCUUUCCAAGAAUUUCCACAGAUUGAAGCUGGAAGGCUGUACAACAAACUCUCUGUCCACCCAAGCAGCCUAGAAGUUAUUCCUUUUGUUAUUGAAAAGGCUGUAAGAACCAGCAUGUAUGGUUGUCCAGUUUCCUACUAUAUUGACAUACCUGGGGAUUUUGUGAAAAUUGAGGUGAACAAGAGCUCUGUCAACUAUGUAGAAUGCUGCCCACCACCUCCAAUCAGCAUGGCUGAACACUCUGCUGUAUCCAAGGCAGCAUCUAUCAUUGCUCAUGCCAAGCAGCCUCUGUUAAUCACUGUCAAAAGUGCUGCUUAUUCAAAUGAUGGAAACAACAUUAGAAAGUUGGUGGACCUUUGUGGACUGUCUUUUUUGCCUACACCAAUGGCAAAAGGAGUAGUUCCUGAUAACCAUCAAACGUGUGUAGCUGCAGCAAGAUCCACAGCAUCAGCAGCUGAUGUAGUCAUCUUGCUUGGUGCAAGGUUGAACUGGAUUUUGCAUUUUGGUCUUCCACCAAGGUUUCACAGACAAGAUGUAAAGGUUAUUCAGAUUGAUAUUUGUGCAGAAGAGCUGGGGAAUAAUGUGAGACCAGCUGCAAUUUUAUUAGGUGACAUAAAUGCCGUGACUAAGCAGCUUUUAAAUAAUUCAGAAUUUCAGGGUCCUGACUUGGCUCGUUUCCAGGCCAGUAUUCCUCGAAAUCAAAAACUCAUCCAGGGCAUGGUCACUGCAGCCCAGACUGCCUCCAAUCUUGACCUCUUUAAUGCGCUCUUCCGUGUUGGUGAGCACCAGGUCAAGUAA